AUGGGCCUCACUCCAGGCAGCACACAUGUCCGCAAACGGGCCUUAACGCAGUCUCGGGUUCGUCUUCUCUGCCCGCCCGACACGGGAUCAUCUGCUUGUCUGCUUGUCUCUAACAAUGUCUCUUUUAGUCAGACAACAAGGUCGCAUCGGCUUGCCUUGGCUUGGGAUCAAAACGGCCAGAUCUGCAGGGAUUAUAGAGGCCGAAAGGGACGAGUGUGCGCUCCGCUCUCGAGUGCACCCUCACAGCAGACAGACGCCAGGAGACGGCAGAGCUGUUGCUAG